ACAAGAUGGGUUGCUGCAUUAGCAAAUGCAAACCCAAGAGGGCUCUGGUAGAUGAACUCAACUUUGUACAAGAUAAGCUUGUCAUCUCCUCACAACCCAACAAAUUAACCCAUUUAUCAAACAAAGUAAACCCUUUAAUUUCCUUGCCAAGAAACAUCAUCAACAAUCCUAUUCCUAAUUUCUCAAACAACAAAAUCUCCCCUAUAAUUUCACCUUCUUCCCCUUCUAAUUCUUCUCUCUAUUCCUCGACUUCUGCUACUACUCCCAGCACCAGUACAAUCACCUCAUCAUCCUCCUCCUCCUCCCUUUCAACCACUGCGUCUUCACUCUUGAUCACCUCCAAGGUCGACAGAUCUUUCUCCAAUGAAUUCUUGAGAGCCUGUUACAGAGAUAACCCACAUAUCCUUCGUAUUAACUCUAUAAGGGAACACUCUCUUUCACUACCAACCACCAAGAUAUCUCACUCCCACACAUCGCCACCGUUCAAACAAUUCUUCUCUCGAACUCUAGCUGGGUCUGGCUCUGGCUCUGGCUCUGGCUCUACGCCGCACAAGAGGGUCCGUUCUAGUUCUCCCAAUAACACCACCCUAACCCGGCAAAAGAGCUCCCGAAACCACUAUCCCUACGGGCCUAGCAGAACUGGUUUGAGAUCACCUUCUCCUAGCAGGAGAUUUAGCAGUGAAAACGGCGUGGGAGCGUUGACCAAUCCCUUAAAGGAAAGCUGCUCUAAGACGCGUGUGGUUGGUCCGAAGCUAAACGCAACAAGCUCUGUUUCAAGACAGGAAAGUUUCGGGCCGGCGAGUCCAAAUAGGAAAGCGAGCACUGGAAACAGAGAGACUCGCGUACAUCGUGUUAGUUCUAAAAUCGAUGAAACAGCAGUUAUGGACGCCGUUUCAAGUCAAGAAAGUAACACCGACUGCAUUCUAAUAGAGGACAUCGACAACCCUCUUAUCUCGUUGGAUUGCUUCAUUUUUCUCUAGAAAUUUCUGUGUGUGAGUGCAUAUAUACAUAUAUACAUAUAUAUAUGUACAUACAUAUACACGAAUCUUGCAUCAUGUUCAAAUU